GGCCGCUGCAGCAGUAGAGGAGCGCGAGGACGGAGCAGGCUGCACGCGCGCUGCAGCCUCGUCACCAUGGCAACAGAGUCAGAGGAGGCAGAGUCUUUGGUUGAAGCCACUGCCCACUCCACACCUUUAAAGGGAGAGGUGUGUAUUGGCAGCUCAUUGGCCGAUGACUCGUCCAGUCAGCAGUCCUCUGUGAGUCACCUGACCCGCUCUCCUCCAGUCAGAGCGCUCAGCUUCAGGACCAUGCAGUGUCGAGUCACGCUAUUAGACGGAUCCAUCUUCACCUGCGUCCUGGAGAAGCGUUCUCGGGGGUUGCUGUUGUUUGAGAAAGUUUGUGAACACAUGAACCUUUUGGAGCGGGACUAUUUUGGACUUCACUUCAGAGACCAGGAGAACAACAAGAACUGGCUCGAUCCGGUCAAAGAGAUGAAGAAACAAGUGCGAGGAGUCCCGUGGAGCUUCUGGUUCAGUGUAAAGUUCUACCCUCCUGAGCCAGCGCAGCUGUCAGAGGAUCUGACCAGGUACCACUUGUGUCUGCAGCUUCGUGAUGACAUCGUCUCUGGGCGUCUCCCCUGUUCUUUUAACACGGCUACAGUCUUAGGAGCCUACACCGUCCAAUCAGAGCUGGGCGACUUCAGCCAGUCAGAGCAUGAUGAGGGGUGGAACUAUGUGGCUGACCUCAGUUUUGCUCCGAAUCAAACUAAAGAAAUGGAGGAAAAGAUCAUGGAACUGCACAAAAAACUCAGGGGCAUGUCUCCAUCUGAGGCUGAGAGUCAUUUUCUGGAAAAUGUGAAGAAGCUGUCGAUGUAUGGAGUCGACCUGCACCACGCUACUAUGGUUGGAAGCAGAGUCGAAUGUUUAUCGACCAAAACUGAGGACUCGGGGGGCGUGGCUAUCAUGCUGGGUGUGUGCAGUAGCGGUCUCCUCGUUUACAGAGACCGGCUUCGGAUUAACCGCUUCUCCUGGCCCAAAGUCCUCAAGAUUUCCUACAAGAGGAACAACUUCUACAUCAAGGUCCGGCCUGGAGAGAUGGAGCAAUUCGAGUCGAUUAUCGGGUUCAAACUCCUGAAUCACAGAGCGGCCAAACGCCUCUGGAAAGUCUGUGUGGAACACCACUCAUUCUUCAGGUGUGUGUCUCCUGAAGACCCUCCAAAGAAGUUCAGUCUAGGGUCUAAGUUCCGGUACCAGGGCCGGACUCAGGUCCAGAGCCGCAGAGCCAGCGCCCAGAUCCACCGGCCCGCACCACAUUUCCCACGAAGCAUCAGCAAACGGAGUAUGCUCAGUCGCAGCCUGGAUGGAGCCUCCAGACCCAGCUCGUCUGUGAUUGGUUCUCCAAUCAGUACUCUGUCUCUCAGAGCCAAUGAUGUAUCUCGCCCAGACAUGGGGCGGGACCUUUAUGCUGCGUCCAGAGCCAUCGCCGGCAGUGACCUCAUUGCCGCGGUAACCACAGAUGAGUCUGUCAUCAUAGUAACCACCGAGGAGAGGGUGGAGCCAGAAACACAGAAGGAGGCAGAGUCUGUGCAGAAAGAGGAGCCUCCACAGGAAGAGGAGGAGCCUGAGAGCAUAGGGGUGGAACCUGAAGAGGUGUGGCAGAGCCCACCCACUCAAAGGCAGGACACAAAGACGGAGCUUAGUGACACUGUGGACCAAGAACUCUCCAACACUGAGUCGGACGAGGACCUGAAGACCCAGGACACCCUGGGCAGCCCAUACGAGGCCCAAAACCAGACCCAAAACCAGACCCAAAACCAGACCCAAAACCAGACGCAAAACCAGACCCAAAACCAGACCCAGGUCCAGAUGCGGUCUCAGGUCCGGUCUGAGGCCCGGUCUGUGUCGGCUCUGAGAAGGUCCUUCCUGGAGGAGGGAUCCCCCAGCAGAGGGCUCUCGGAGUGGGACAGACGCCUGGCCUCCUCCCCUGUCCGGCUCCGGGAUGACUCCCCCAUGAUUGCCCCCUUGGACCCAGAGGAGAACCAGGACCAGAGAUUAGAACAGGGACCAGACCAGGGACCAGACCACAGACCAGACCACAGACCAGACCAUGGAUCAGACCAGAGCCAGGAGGAAACCCAGGGUGGACCAAAGGACACUCACCUGGAGAAUGGAACCGAGAGGAACCACUCCCCCAUGAUAGAACCUCUAGAGCCAGAGCAGGUGGAUUUUGAGAUGUCUCCUGAACUCAGCGCUCUGCUUCGAUCUGACCGAGACCAGAAUGUGAUGAGAGAACUCAACCUCCUCAAGACCUCGGAGAAGGUAGAGCGAAUCUUCUUGGCGCCGGAGUCAUGUGACACUCAGGUUCCAGUAGUGAGACAGACCCUGACCUAUGAACCUUUGGAGAGGAAACCGGACUCUGGACUUGGAUCUGGUCUGGUCUUGAGUUCUCAGACCUUCACGUCAGAAACCGCAGUCUCCACGGCAACGACACACAUCACCAAGAUGGUGAAAGGGGGCGUGUCUCAGACCAGGAUUGAGAAGAGGAUCGUGAUUUCAGGAGCGUCUGAGAUCGACCAAGACCAGGCUGUAGCAGAGGUUCUGUCUGAGACCCGGCGCCUGCACCCAGAUCUGGACUUGACCCGGGUCGUGGUCCACAAAGAGACUGGGUUCGGUCCUGAUCAUUUGACCGAGCCCUGAUGAUG